AUGAGCACCUCAGAUUUUGCCACGGUGGUGUUACCAGCCCUGCCACGUCAGCUCAAGCGCCUGGAUCUCCGCUUGGACCACUUUCUCUGCCCUGCCGCGUGCGUGGACCUGCGGGGGUUCUGGUUAAGCCCGUGUGAUGAUCCGGAGAUCACAUACCCAAGCCAUGAUCGCCGCUCUUUCCUUACCGACCUCCACGUGAACACCAUCGCCGCCUCGCUCCCUAAUCUCCGCGCCCUGAACCUCGACACGCCAGCGGACAUCACGGCCGCGUGCGUCGAGCACGUGGCCAGCACACUCCCGCAUCUGACGGCGCUCUCGCUCUGGUCCGACGCCGUCACGUGGGAGUCGGCGGCGCUGCUCCUCGCGCUCCUCCCGUCGCUGCAGCGCCUCUCCCUCGUGUCCGGCGCGCUGGUUCCGCGCGCCUCGCCCCAGCCGGGGCGCGCAGAGGCGCGUGCUGCAGCAGCGCGGGAUACUUCAGCGAAUGCAGCCGCUGGUGCAGAAGCAGCGGGGUCGGAUGAUGCAAUAUCUCUCUUCGCCUCGCUCUCCCUUGCCCCCCCCCCAAGUGCCGGCGACCCCUUCUGGUGCCCCUCAGGGUCGUCCCUCGCGCCCUGCCUCGCCUCCCUCCGCCUCCACCUGUUCCGCCACCUCACCACCCUGGAUCUGUCCCGAACCGAGGUGCUGCGUUCCCCACCCCCUCCCGAUGGCGAGCCGGGGAGGAGCGAGGAGGCACUCUGCCGGGCCAUCCGCGGCCUGCCUCUCCUGGAGCGCCUCGCCCUCCCCUUGGCGUCAGACGCUGUUCUGCUAGAGAUCUCCCAGUCCUGCCCGAAGCUCACCGCCUUGCACGCGCAGCCGCUAGCUCGGUUCAUCCCUGUCGCGUCUGCUGAGGGAAGUGGCACCAACGACUUUCUGUACUACACGUCCUCCUAUGCCAGAGCCUCCGUGCGUAUUGCCCUUCCUGCUGUCCAGUGGCGGGUGACUGAUGCCGGGGUGCUGGCUAUUGCGAACGGAUGCACGCGAUUGGUGCAGCUGAGUCUGGGCGGCUGUGUGAACGUGCGACCCGCAGCGUGGCGCCAGCUGGCGAGGAGAUGCGGGCGGCUGGAGGUGCUGAGGCUGCCGCGCACACGGGUGGACGACGCUGCUGUCGUGGCGGCGCUGUUCGGCGACAGCUGGCACGGCGGUGUGGGUGUGAAUGGCGCCACUACUGCUGGGGCUGCCCCUGGAAUUCCACCUGGUUCCGACGCCACUGCUGCUGCAGGCCGUGCUUCCAGUGCGCCAGUGCCGCUGCAGCUGCACCUGCCACGGCUCGUCCUGCUGGACCUCUUUGGAUGCCCAGGAUUGACUUCUGCCCUCCUGCUCGCUCUCUUAGCAGUAGCUAGGGAGCUUGCUGGCAACAAUGAGAAGCACGGAGCUGAUGGGGUGGCUGAAGAGGUGGAGAGGGAUGGGGAGGGCGAGGAGGAGAAGGCACUUGUAGGCGAGGAUGUGGGGCAUGAUAACGGAAGGAAGAAGGCGAGAGGAUACUGUGGGUUGCAAGAGUUCAGGCUGCGUCGGCUGCUGGUGUCUCCGGAAGUGAUUGUUGGAGAUGGGUGGAGAGGGAGCGAGGAAGGUGGAAGCGAGGGUGUGUUGGGGGAUGGUGGAGGUAAUAGUGGGGGAAGGGGUUCUUCUGACUAUGUGGAUUUGAGGCUGGUUGCGAGGGAGGUAGGGAUGCUCUUGCCUCAGUUGGUGGUCACUGCUAGAAGGACCGCGGAACAUGUUUUGCCUUGGGAUGGCUUUUUUGGAGAGCAAAGGCUUGAGCUGGAUGGUGACGAUGAAGAGAGUGAGUGGGAGUGCUGA